AUGGUUGUCGAAUCAAUACGCAAGUUUGGCUUGGACCACUGUGAUCUACCGACAAUGAUUUGGAACGUUAAAAAGCUCCUAAGACUACUGGCUCUUAAUAUUGACAAGAGAGACGAACCCAUCUCAGUCUUCUUGUACAUUUGGAUGGUGUUUACGUCUCUUUGCUUCUUCUACAUCUACUGCUUCUGCACAACCUGGUUCAUCUUCUGGCACUGUCCAGAGCACGGCGAGAGCCUCUAUGCCAUUCUUAUACUCUCUAUGAGUAUAUGCAGCUGGUGUGCUAUUAACAAACAGCUGUUUAUGUGUUAUUAUCGGGAGGAAAUAAGGAUAAUUGUUGAAAACUGCCUCUCAUGCUACUCUUGGCCGCUUCCGAACAGCCGCUUCGCUUGCAACGUCGUGCAGAAUCUCAGGGUCGUCAAAAAGAGAGCCAUCAUUUUCUGGAUUAUUAUAAUGGGAAAUGGUGUGAUCUAUAUCGUCAAAACUCUUUUGAAACCUGGAAGGCACUAUCCUGAGGAUGUUUUCGUCUUUUACGCACUGCGCCCAAUGGAUGUUUCACCGAACUACGAAAUCAACUUUUUCGUCCAAGCGAUUGCAAUUUUAUUUGCAUGCUUUUUACCAGCUUGUGUUACUGUUUUCUUCAUUAUUGUUACUGGUUAUAUUGAAGCACAAACGUUAGCACUCAGCGAAGAAUUGACAAACAUCUUGAAUGACGCAAUUGAACAUUAUAAAAGGAAUACAGAUAAAGAAUCAAGGCCUAUCAAUGUAAACGAAAAACGGAAAAUUGCAAAUGCUUAUGUGCAGAAGCAACUCGAGAAUAUAAUCAAAAUUCAUACGACUAAUUUAAAUUUACUCAGACAGGUCAAGUGUAUAUUUGGAAAGCCUAUUGCAAUUGAGUUCACGUUAGUUAUUAUUGCUGUGACAGUAGAAUUAUUAGGAGGACUAGAAAAUACUUGGUUACAAAUGCCAUAUACUUUGAUCAUAGUAGCGAUCGAUUGUCUGAUAGGACAGAGGGUUAUGGAUGCUAGUACGACAUUUGAGCAAGCGGUUUACAAUUGUAAAUGGGAAAAUUUUGAUGCCACCAAUAGAAAGAUUGUAUUGCUAAUGUUGCAAAAUUCUCAAAAAACAAUGAAACUAUCGGUUGGAGGUGUAAUUACGCCGAGUUUUGAAAGCUUCAUGUCGGUUAUUAAGUUUAUAUAUUCUGCCUAUAAUGCGCUGCAUUCUACGGUGGGAUAG